AUGGGCUCCGUCGACCACGUUGAAGCCUUCUUCGACAAAGCUGACAAGUACCUCAUGAGCACUGGAGUGCCAUAUUCUCCCUUUGUCGUCACUAAGGCAAAAGGAACCCGCCUCUACAAUCAAGAUGGCCGUUCAAUUCUCGACUUCACCUCUGGCCAGAUGAGCUCGCUCCUCGGUCACUCGCAUCCAGAUAUCGUCGAAGUUGUGAAGCAGUAUAUCGGCGAGCUCGACCACCUCCUCAGCAAUAUGAUCACCCACCCCGUCGUCGAUCUCGCUGAACGAUUAGCUCGCUUCCUCCCCGCUCCCCUUGAGAAGUCCUUCUUUCUCAACACCGGCUCUGAAUCCACCGAGGCCGCCAUCAAGAUCGCCAAAGUCUACACCGGCAACUUUGAGGUCAUCGCCUUCGCCGCCAGUUAUCACGGCCUUACCCAAGGUUCCGGGUCGGUCACCUACUCUGCAGGUCGGCGAAGGGGUGGUCCCGUCAUGCCCGGUGCCCUUGCCUUCCCCGCCCCUUACGCCUACCGCUCCCCAUUUAAGAAAGCCGACGGCUCCUAUGACUGGGAAGCCGAGUUGGAUUUUGGCUGGUCUAUGAUCGACCGGCAGAGCGUUGGCUCCAUUGCCGCCUUCAUCAUGGAACCUAUUCUCUCUACUGGUGGUAUCCUCGAUCCGCCCAAAGGCUAUUUCAAGCGCAUGGUCGAGGAGUGCCGCAAGCGCGGGAUCCUUGUCAUAAUGGACGAAGCCCAAACGGGAGUCGGCCGAACAGGCCAAAUGUUUGCUUUUGAGUAUGACGGAAUCGUCCCUGAUAUCCUUGCACUGUCAAAGACACUUGGAUGCGGCCUCCCCCUCGCCUCCGUUAGCACAACCGCCGAGAUUGCAAAGGGUUGCAAGGAGGCCGGCUUCCUCUGGCUCUCAACCCACAUCAACGACCCUCUGACCGCCGCCGUAGGCAACAAGGUCCUUGAAGUCGUGGAACGCGAUAAUAUUGCCCGGCGGGCCGCAGAGCGCGGCGCCCAGCUACGCGAGGGUCUUGUCAAGCUGCAGCAGAAGUACUGGUGCAUUGGUGACGUCCGUGGCCGCGGGCUUCUCCAAGGUAUCGAGAUCAUUUCGGACCCUGAGACGCGGGCUCCAGGCCCUGAACUCGGCCAGGCUGUUUCCGAUCAGGCCAUGACAAAAGGCCUGUCUUGCAAUGUCGUUAACUUGCCAGGAAUGGGGGGUGUCUUCCGUUUGGCGCCACCAGUCACGGUUACCGCGGAGGAAAUUGAAGAGGGACUUGCAAUUUUGGAUGAGGCGUUUGGGGACGUGCUCAAGACAUGGUCGGCUUCGGAAUCUGAUUCCAAGUUGGGGGGUUUAUUCAAGUAA